UCCAUUAAUCAAAACCAUGGAGCACAUAGUGGCAGAGGAGAAGUGCAUGAGUUCGAACGAAAACGAGCAACCCCAUCAAGCUGCAAAAGCAAAGCCCAUAAAGGGUGGUUUUAGAACCAUGCCUUUCAUCAUAGUGAAUGAGUCUUUUGAGAAGGUAGCGAGCUAUGGGCUUAUGCCUAACAUGAUACUUUACUUGAUUGGGAGUUAUAACAUGAAAACAGCCAGUGCAUCAAGCAUUCUGUUAAUGUGGUCAGCCAUUUCCAAUGUCAUGGCCAUUUUUGGUGCUUUCCUCUCUGAUUCUUAUUUGGGUCGGUUUCGGGUCAUCUCACUCGGAUCCAUCUCUAGCCUUCUUGGGAUGACUAUUUUAUGGUCGACUGCAAUGAUGCCACAGUUGAAACCUCCUUCCUGUGACCAGUCCAGCCAAGUAUGCAAGUCUGCUACAGCAGCUCAGUUGGCUCUUCUGUUGUCUUCCUUUGGGCUAAUAUCCAUUGGAGCUGGUUGUGUUAGACCAUGUUCCAUAGCCUUUGGUGCAGACCAAUUGGACAACAAAGAUAAGCCCAACAAUGAGAGGCUAUUGGAGAGCUUCUUCAAUUGGUAUUACACUUCGAUUGGAGUAUCAACUGUUCUUGCAUUGACUAUAAUUGUGUACGUUCAAGAUCAAUUGGGAUGGAAAGUCGGGUUUGGAGUGCCAGUAAUUCUUAUGAUAAUUUCUACUGUAAUUUUCCUAGCUGGAUCUUCUCUUUAUGUGAAAGUGAAGCCUAGUAAGAGCUUGUUUACUGGGUUUGUUCAAGUUCUAGUGGUGGCAUUCAAGGACAGAAAGCUUAGUCUCCCUCAAAGUAACUCUGAUCAGUAUUGCCACAGCCACGAUUCGAACUUCCUUGUCCCAACUGAUAAUUUAAGGUGUCUAAACAAAGCUUGCAUAAUAAGGGAUCGUGAGAGAGACCUGAAUCCGGACGGGUCAGCUUUAGAUUCAUGGAGUCUAUGCACAAUAGAACAAGUAGAGUCACUAAAAGCUCUCCUUAGAGUCAUUCCCAUGUGGUCCACAGGCAUCGUUAUGUUUCUGUGCAUGAACCAGAACUCAUUUUCCACACUCCAAGCAAAAUCCAUGGAUAGACAUAUCACCAAAAAUUUUGAAAUUCCGGCUGGAUCCUUCACGGUGUUCAUGGUUGUCACACUAACAAUAUGGGUUGCAUUCUAUGAUCGCGUAAUGGUUCCAUUACUGUCAAAGUACACGGGCCGGCCCAAAGGCCUCAGCACCAAAGUCCGGAUGGGUAUAGGAUUGCUGCUUGCUUGUGCAGCAUUGGCAGUGGCAGCAAUAACAGAAAACAUAAGGAGGAGAAUUGCAAUUGAAGAAGGGCCUGUGGAUUCACCAGGUGCUGUGAUAGACAUGUCAGCUUUGUGGCUAGUUCCACAAUUUGCCUUGCUCGGAUUAGCUGAGGCUUUCAAUGCAAUUGGACAGAUAGAAUUUUAUUAUACUCAGCUCCCCAAAAGCAUGUCUAGCAUUGCAGUGGCGAUUUUCACACUUGGGACUGCUGUGGCUAACUUGGUAGGAAGUCUUCUGGUGAAUAUUGUGGAUGGAGUUACUAGCAAAGAUGGGCAUGAGAGCUGGUUGUCAAGUAAUCUUAACAAGGGUCACUUAGAUUAUUAUUACUGGCUAAUAAGUGUCUUGGGUUUGAUUAAUUUUAUUUAUUUUGUUGCUUGUUGUUGGGUUUAUGGACCUGCUGAGAACCCAAAAACUAGAUAUUCUGAGGACAUACAAAACGACCAAUUUAAUUAUAGGGAAUUACCUUCAUCUUAA